CUGGGCUGACGGCCCUUGACAGCAGUCCUGGCCUGAGCCAGAGGAGCACCAGGAGGCCAGGGCCUCGGAUACCAGGGGGCAAACGGAGCGAACGACCAGGAGUGCCACUGCUUGCUCGCCAAAGAACAAAAAGUGGUCAUGGGGAUCGGCAUGAGUAAGGUGGUUGAGGGCCUGUACCUCGGGAGCAUCAGUGAUGCCGAGGAGAAAGAGAACUUGACGAAACAUGGGAUCACCCACAUUCUUUCGGUGCACAACAAUGCCAAACCUCUGCUGGAAGGCAUGACCUACCUCUGUAUUUCUGCUUCAGACUCUUCGAAUCAAAACCUAAUACAACAUUUUAAAGAGUGCAUCAGGUUUAUUCAUGACUGUAGGAUGCAUGGGGGUGGCUGCCUUAUUCACUGCUUAGCAGGAAUUUCUCGCAGCACCACCAUUUUGGUGGCCUACCUGAUGACAGUAACCACCUUUGGAUGGGAGGAAUGCUUGGCUGCUGCCAAAGCUGUCCGUUCGUACGUGAAUCCCAACUUUGGGUUUCAGAGACAGCUUCAGGAGUAUGAAGCAACAUUGCUCAAGGAGUACCGAGCCUGGAUCCAGAUGGAGUAUGGGAAGAACCCUCUCUCUGAUCAAGAGGAGCUACAGCACUUACUCUCCCCCAAAGAAGAGAAAGUAAAUGACCAGCAAACGGGACUCGGAAAAACAAAAUGGAUCAGUGCUCCAAGCUCCACCAGCCACCAGCCACGCACCACAUACGGUGGCAGCAGCACCAGCCGCUGCUACCAAUGGAUGGACCGAUAA